GGAGCCUGGCUGCCGCCGCGCCUUCGAUCCCCACAGACCCGCAUCCUCCGUCCACCCCCGGCGGCGCCCCUGGAGCCGCUCCCCGAAAUAUUUCCUCGAGCAGCUCCGAGUGGAGGCCAUGGCGAUGGCGAAGGCCAAAUCCAGCGCCCUCUCCGUCGCCGACAAGUGCCGGAACAUCUUGGGCGCCAGCUGGGAAGCCCACCUCAACACAAUCAAAGCCGACGCCACUGGAAGCAAGGGGGAGAUUUACACGUCGAGGGUGCACUACAUGAUCCAAAAGGGCAUGCCCUACUUGAUCGUUCCCGGGAACCACAUGCACAACAUUAACAUUAUAAUCGAUGAACGGGGCUCUCUCUCGGUAUCCAGUCCAGUCCCAGGCCGCCUUACCAGCUUGCUAAAGUCACUCAACAAGUUGCCUCCUCGAGUCGCUAUGACUGGUGAUGUCCUCCGCAUGAAGGAGACAAAGGUUCCGGUUAUAGCAGACAGUCUGAAGAAAGCUAUUCUCAAGGAACAUAAAGCUGCUAGCGAAGCUACUUAUGGGGUUUCAGCGGUAUUAUCCUCCGCAAGUUCUACUUGUAGGUCACGGAGCGAAGGUCUCCUUAGCUUACUCAAUGAAGAGAGCUCCUACAGUAUCUACAAAUUUGAAAUUGGCUCAUGUGUCUACAUAGAUUCCUCUGGCAGCAACCAUAAUAUCGAGUUGGAUACUUUUGAACCACCAAAAGCAGAUCUGCUAUUGCCGUUUGCUGCAAAGCUUAUUGAUGGUAUCAACCGGAGUGAGUCAAGGCGGAGAGCACUCAUGCUGUUCUGUUUUGAGUAUUUUGAUGUGACUGCUAGAGAUGCACUCUUGCUCUCCAUUGAUCACCAUGGAUUUGAUGUGCUCGCCAAGCUCCCUGAAAGAGAAAUAACUGCCCUAGAUGUGCCUCAGCAGUACCACUGGAAGGAGUUCAGAUUCCCAUUCAAGGAAGCGGCCAAGGAUGUUGAGGACUUCUGCCGCAUGCUGGUUGAGUUAGAACAAGAAGCUCUGCACAGCGUAAAGAGCUAUAGCGGAUUAGGGUGAAGCGGGUAGCUCAUUCCCAGACCAUCUGUUGGUUUAAUUGACUAGUUGAGGGGCUUGCAUGAGUUUCCCAUAGUUACGAACUGGCAACGUCCAAUUGAGUCAACAGAAAAAAAAAAUGUAGACAUAAGCUUUUAUGUCGUUCAGAUUUUGAGCCUGUUUAUUUGGUAAAAUU